AGGGGACACCUUGUUUGUUGCCGCGGCCCUCAUCCAGUGUCGGCGGCGGAGUUUGCCACGUUAAAGAAGACGGAUCGGAUUUUCAGUACCAACUAGAAAGUCCAGUUCGACCGACCGAGAUGUCACAGGAGCAUGACAAUAAGCGCGCGGUCCUGGUUCUUCAGAACGAGUCGGGUUAUGGCGGCCAGCGUCGCUCCUUCACCACAGAGGACGAGGCCUGGAAAUCGUUUCUGGAGAACCCGCUGACAGCCGCCACCAAGGCCAUGAUGAGCAUCAAUGGCGACGAGGACAGCGCUGCAGCUCUCGGCCUGCUCUACGACUACUAUAAGGUGCCCAGGGAAAAGAGAACAAUACCCCAGAGCAAGCCAGACACACUGGUCUCUGAUCUGGAUCCCAACAAAAGACACCAGAUCCAAGCUGGACACUCCAUAGCUCCACUUCAGGAAGCCGGUAUGGAGAGCAGGAUCCAGGUCCUGAAGGGGCCCUUCAAUAUUCUUCAGUUGGCCCAGGACAAGAGGUCCCAGUUCCCUUCACCAGAUACGACCGUCACAGUUUCAAUUGCUGCCCUGCCAAACUACCCGCCCGUCAAGACAGAGGUGCCCACCCACGGCUUCUCGGUGACCGUGCCAAACACCUGCGCCGAAACCAACAGCCAUGUGGGCGUCUUUGACCGCCAACUCACCCACAACACGGUCCAGUUCAGCCCCAGCACUCACUCCCGCACGCCCCCCGACUCCACCUUCUCCGAGAGUUUCAAGGAUGGUUCCCAGGAGGUGUUUUCCUACCCAGGAGACCUCCAGUUACGUAUGGCCUCCAUGGCGACUGAGGACUACGCUCAGUUUAACACAGUGCCGGGGAAUAAUUUUGAGUAUACUCUGGAGGCAUCCAAGUCUCUGCGUCAGAAGACAGGUGAUGGGACGAUGACAUACCUCAACAAGGGCCAGUUUUACCCAAUCACCCUCAGGGAGAUCGACAACAAAGGCAUGCAGCAACCCAUCACCAAAGUCAGGAGUGUAGUGAUGGUGGUGUUUGGAGAGGAGAAGUGCAGAGAUGAUCAGCUGAAACACUGGAAGUACUGGCACUCCAGACAGCACACUGCCAAACAGAGGUGUCUCGACAUCGCUGAUUACAAGGAGAGCUUCAACACCAUCGGCAACAUCGAGGAGAUUUCCUACAACGCCAUCUCCUUCACCUGGGACACCAAUGAGGAGGCCAAAAUCUUCAUCUCCGUCAACUGCCUGAGCACAGACUUCUCCUCUCAGAAGGGGGUGAAGGGUCUUCCCCUGAACCUGCAGAUCGACACCUACAGCUACAACAACCGCAGCAACAAACCCAUCCACCGUGCCUACUGCCAGAUCAAAGUCUUCUGCGACAAGGGUGCGGAGAGGAAGAUCCGAGACGAGGAGAGGAAGCAGUCCCGCCGGAAAGGGAAGGUGGUCGACCUCAAUCCUGGCCUGUCCUUUGUGGAUGUCAAAGUUCCCAUCCUCCAGAAACGCAACGAUGUGACCAUCUUCAAGAUGAUGACCGACCUUGAGACCCAGCCUGUGCUUUUCAUUCCUGACAUUCACUUAUCUACCUUCCAGCGCCAUCAGCCUUUCUCAGCAGAAGAUGGAGAGGACAGCUCGGGCAUGAAGAGAUUACCCUUCAGCGAUGAUGAGUUUGGUUCACCCCCAAACAAGAUGGCGAGAGUGGAGGAACCAAAGAAAGUCCUGCUGUAUGUGCGCAAGGAGACAGAGGAGGUGUUUGAUGCCCUCAUGCUGAGAAAUCCCACGCUGAAAGGCCUGAUGGAAGCUAUUUCAGAGAAGUAUGAGUUGCCUUUGGAUAAGGUUGGAAAGGUGUAUAAGAAGUGCAAGAAAGGUAUUCUAGUCCACAUGGAUGACAACAUCAUCAAACACUAUUCAAACGAAGACACCUUCCAGAUCACCAUGGAGGAGCUGGGCGGCAUGUACAAACUCACCCUCACUGAAAUCUGACUGGACGGGAGGAGGUGACAUCAUCCUGAACCGAUGGGUGGAGGAAAAAAUUGAGCCAUCAGGAAUAGUGGUUUACACAUCUAGCUAUGCCGUGAUUAUGGACUUGAUCUGAAAUUGAAGUCAUGUUGUCUCUGUGCUGUAUUAGUGUCAAAGAGAUUUUAAAGCACAAAGUCCCAAAAGAGGUAUUUAAAAAGCCAUAGCUCUUAAUAGACAACAAUGUUGAUUAGAGAUGUAAGUUCUAUAUUUUGCUUAAUUUCAAAACUUUUUGUGCAUGAGAAUUGACAAGUGAGGACAAGUUUGAUUGUUACGACACUUUGGUUUUGUAUUUAGUGAGAAUAUGAGUUGCACCUCAAAUAUUAGUGCCUUUUUUGUAAAUUGUUGUUUGAAAUGUGCCGAGUGAUUGUGGUGCUGCUAUACCUCAUGCUAUGCAAGCAGCACUGUUUCUCAUAUAUUUGAAUUUUAGCAGGAGAAACAGCUCAUUUUCCCUAUCUAAAGCCAUAGCACUAAUGAUUACAAUCUGUUAGGUCGGGUAUUCAGUGCACAAAAUGAAGACAGUAAGUUGUUGAUGGAGCCUCGGUGGUUCAGUGUAUUAUUGCUAAAGAACACAGCAGUAUUUAGUGUGUAAAACUUUCUUCGACCAUCAUACAAUUAGGGUAGAAUAUUGUAAAUGUUUGUUGUAUUUUUUAGCAAAGGACACAUGCUUGUUGUGAGUGAAGUGGCUUAAAAGAUGUUUUUCCUCAGAUCACUUUAAUUAAUGGACUCUUUGUAAGUGUUAAAUGGUUACUAAAUAUAUAUUGAUAAUAAUCCUAAAACACAGCUACCCUUCCCCUGUAGAAUAGUUUUCUGAAUGUUCAUGAAAUAGGUUAAUUAAUGUCUAGCACAGUUUAAACAAGACUGUUCUGGAAGUGCAAUAUGAUAUUUAGGUUCAGACACAUUUAGAAAAGAAAUUCCUCUAUUGCCAUAACUACAGUAUAUUAUACAUAUUAACUGAUAAAACAGAUUUUUUUUUUUUUUUUAUGGAAAUGUUGUAUAUAUCCGCUGAAAAAAAGGAUCUCCAUGAUCCCUCCUUUUGUAUUUCAGUACUUAUUGUGUAUAUAUUUAUUAAGAGAACGGAUGUGGGUCAUUUUUUUUUUUUUUAACCAUAUAUACCCAAAUUUCUGUUAUUCCUAAUAAUAUAAGGUUUUUUUUUCUUUUUAUAUGAAGUUAUUGUAACAUUACAUGUCAAGGGACAAAAAGUUAUU